GGAGAAAAACAAGAAAAACAUAUUCUGAACCAAUGGACUGCAGACACAGUACAGGAGAUGACCAGAGACUGCGGACACAGUACAGGAGAUGACCAGAGACUGCGGACAGUACAGGAGAUGACCAGAGACUGCGGACACAGUACAGGGGAUGACCAGAGACUGCGGACAGUACAGGGGAUGACCAGAGACAGCGGACACAGUACAGGGAAUGACCAGAGACUGCGGACACAGUACAGGAGAUGACCAGAGACUGCGGACAUAGUACAGGAGAUGACCAGAGACUGCGGACACAGUGCAGGGGAUGACCAGAGACUGCGGACACAGUACAGGGGAUGACCAGAGACUGCGGACACAGUACAGGAGAUGACCAGAG